GGACCCCCCUUCCCACUGCGGCUGCCCCCCAAAGCACCGGUCUUUGGCAACCCACCAGUGGAGGAGCAACCCAAGAACAUUGACCCCCUGGUCUUGGAGCUGGUGAACACCAAGAUCGUGGAGCGGGGGCCGCCUGUGCAGUGGACGGACAUCGCCGGACAGGUCUCUGUGAAGGCCACCAUCGAGGAGGAGCUGGUGUGGCCCAUCCUACGUCCCGGCGCCUACACCGGAACGAACCGACCACCCCGAACCAUCCUGCUGUUCGGUCCCCACGGCACGGGGAAGACCAUGCUGAGCCGGUGCAUCUCCACCCAGCUGGGCUCCACCUUACUGAAGCUCAGUGGGACAACUCUGCUCUCCACCUGGAAAACCGAAGCCGAGAAGAUCCUACAGACCGUCUUCUUCGUGGCCAGCUGCCGGCAGCCUGUGCUCAUCACCGAGGUCGAGUCUUUGCUGGUAGCUCGGGCUGGUGAGGAUGGCAGCCAGGUGAGCAACCUCAAGUCUCAGCUUCUCUCCUACUUGGACAACGUGGCUACCUCAUCCGAGCAGAACGUGGUCGUCAUCGGCACCACUUCCCGGCCCGGCACCAUGGACGAAGCUUCCCACCGGCGUUUCACCAAACGAUUCUACAUCUCCCCACCAGACAGCAUCGCUCGGCGGCAG